UCAGCUUUUACCAUCUCUUUUUAGUUGUGACUGGUAGCAAAGACAAUGUGUCAUUUACCUGCACUGCCAUCUUUAACUGUGGUGACAGUGUCAAGUCAGGUCAAGUUUAUUUGUAGAGCACAGUUUAUACAGAGUGAUACCAAAUUGAAAAGGUGGACGUAGAUACAGGUACGUCAUAGCAGCAGGAUGUAUUAAUUAUGUGAAAUAGUACUUUGGGAAGGUGGGAAUUUGCAAGAAUUAAUGUCAGCAAAGUAUUUCUGGCUCAUGGCUUUAAUUGCUGAUAAACAUUGUUAUGCAGCUAACAUUGACAGACUUGAUAGAUGUAGUUAAAAAUUUCUUUCACAUGUAACUACAGUCCUAUGAUAAUCUUCAAUUGCUUUUUAUUAACCUGCCUGCAAUUAAAGCAAUUUAACUUUCCCUCUCUCUGAUGCAGAAGAUGGUUUGGUCUGUCACGUUAAUUUAACGGUGAAAAUCUGACAACAAAGGCGGGUCCAUGUUGUCAGACGAGGACUGUAAAACUGUAAACCUAUCAUAAACCAUGGUCCAACUAUUAAAAAAAACAGGACUGCUGAGGAGCGUGUCUGUCACGCUGCUCCUGCAGCCGCCUCCCUCUCAGCCCUGUAGCUACUUAAAGGUCAUUUGUGUGUGUUUAUGCACAUGAGAAAAUUAUGUACAGGAGAGAUUUAUACUGGUAUGAUUUAGCUUGCGGAGCUGAAAUUUGAAUAUUUGGAAGCUGACUGUGCUUCAGUAUGGAAGAUUUAGCUCUAGUAAUCGCAUGUAAGGGAGUGAAUGGACAGUCCAAAACAGACCAAUCACCUUCUCCUGCUGCCGGCAGUGUUGACUCAUGCUGCGGCUUCUGCCUGAGAAGUGUGAAGCACUGGAUACCUGUGGACUACAAGAAUGAAACAGUUCAGCUUUUAAAACUGGCAGGACCUGUGUUCAUUUCACAGUUGAUGAGCUUCUUGAUCGGCUUCGUCAGCAUGGUGUUCUGCGGUCACUUGGGGAAAACAGAGCUGGCAGGGGUGGCAUUAGCAAUAGCGGUAAUCAAUGUCACAGGUAUUUCUGUUGGCUCUGGUUUGGCAUCAGCAUGUGAUACUCUCAUAUCUCAGACUUAUGGGAGCGGUAAUCUAAAACAUGUCGGGGUGAUACUUCAGAGGGGAGUUUUGAUUCUGCUCUUAUCCUGUUUCCCCUGCUGGGCCAUCCUCAUAAACACUCAGCCCAUUUUGCUGGCUGCCAGGCAGAACCCAGAUGUUGCCAGACUCUCCCAGCUGUAUGUGAAGAUUUUUAUGCCAGCGCUGCCAGCUUCCUUCAUGUACCAGCUGCAGGGGAGGUAUCUUCAGAAUCAGGGGAUCAUCUGGCCACAGGUGAUAUCCGGAGCCAUAGGGAAUGUUUUAAAUGCAAUAAUCAACUACAUCUUCCUCCAUCUCCUAGACAUGGGGGUUGUUGGAUCUGCAGCUGCCAAUGCCAUCUCACAGUACUCCUUGGCUGUGCUCUUGUUUGUUUACAUCUGUGCCAGGGGUCUGCACAAAGACACAUGGGACGGUUGGUCAAGAGACUGUCUGCAGGAGUGGGCUUCUUUCUUCCACCUGGCUGUCCCCAGCAUGCUGAUGUUUUGUUUGGAGUGGUGGCUGUAUGAGAUCGUGGGGUUCCUGGCAGGCGUCAUCGGCGACGUUGAGUUAGGAGCUCAGUCCAUACUUCAUGAAGUGGUUACUAUCGCCUACAUGUUUCCAAUGGGUUUCGCUGUCGCUGCCAGUGUUCGGGUUGGAAAUGCUCUCGGUGCUGGGGACACACAGCAAGCUAAGCUGUCCAGCAAGGUCUCCCUCAUCUGGGCAUCUAUCGCCUCAUGUUUCAUUGGAGCCUGCCUUGGCUUGUCUAAGGAUGUGAUUGGUUACAUAUUCACCACAGAGAAAGACAUUAUUCAAAGGGUGGCUGAUGUCAUAAAGAUAUAUGCAUUCCUCCAUGUCACUGAGGCCCUUGCGUGUGUGACAGGAGGUAUUAUCAGGGGAGCAGGGAAGCAAAAGAUGGGUGCCGUGUGCAUCUUGGUGUGCUACUACCUCAUUGGGUUCCCCAUUGGAGUGUCCUUGAUGUUCCCUCUCAAAUUGGGCAUAGUAGGGAUGUGGUCAGGAAUUUUCAUUUCUGUUUUGAUACAGUCGACAUUCUUUAUAGUUUUCCUAUGCAAACUAAACUGGAAGAAUGCAACUGAAGAGGCGAUGGAAAGAGCAGGAGUCAUUACAGAGAGAAACAACAUCUUUGGGAGAGAAAAUGAGGCCCCGGAGCAUGGUAAGAGACAGACCCACAUGAAGACCGGUCAGUCCGACUCUUUGAGUCCAGCAGAGGGGAAUCUGGAAGUUGCAGGUCAGCAGACUUCACACAACACAGCUCUGUCGGUCAAGCAACUGGUGGUCCGACGCGGCUUCACCCUGCUGUUCAUGUUCGUCAUUCUCGCUGCUGGAGUGUCCAUCAGCGAGCUAAUCACUAGACUGUUCCAAUUAGACAAUUGACCACUGUUGAGACCCACAUGCGUAUGGUUUGUCUGAAGUUUGGGUAUUGCAACAUUACCAGCUUACCAUCUCACCACCUGUAGCAGUUUGUAAUAACAUAUUGUUACAGGUGGUAGCAACUUUUACAGAAUUUCAGACCAUUUAAUAGAGUAGAAAUAAAUUAUAGCUGUAUUAGCUACACUUGCACGCUACACAAGCAAAAAUAUUCUGUAAUUCCAUUAAGUAAAUGGAGUUAUUGCUCAGUUUUGAUUAUUGGUUCAGGUCUGUUUCAACCAUUCCUUUUUGUUUCCUGUUAUUACUUCAUACUGAAGGGACUAUCUUCAAAGUCAGUUUUUGUAUUUAAUGUCAAUUUUCUGGCACUUUCUUCCUGUAAUCUAUUUAGCAGUUCAAACCUAUUCACAGGUAGUUGUAACAUUAGUCUUGUUUUUGGAAAAUCUAAGAAGAAACAGGGCUUAAAUGAGGCAACCAAUGACAAGCUGAACUGAAAAAAUACUGGAGAGGUAUGUCUCCUUUAUAUAGAAACAUGCUGCGUAAGAAGGGCUCCAGUCAAGACACUGGCAAAAUAUAUGUUCUCAUCCUGCAGUAUAUAGUCUGAAUAGAUGCCACAAUUAGAAAUAGGAUGAUUAAAUGCUAUAUUUAGGCUACAGCGCAUCUGUGGAUGUGUGCUUUCAUCAUCAAAGACAGAAAAGCUGCUCUUUUUCUUUGGUUUAUUUUUCUUUCCUUUGAUCUGUGUCGCCAAAUUUGAUGAUAAUGAAAGGGCUGUAUGCUCUGCGCUGCUACAUGCUGGCUGGAUGAAGACAUGUCAAAUAAACCACCUGUUCACCCUGUGCAGGAGCAGAUAACUAGCUAGCUCAGGCUUCACAGUCACAGCCUGCUCAUAAAUAAAGGAUUCACUUUGGUUAACAGCAAACAAUGAACCACAUAUGAUUUUAUGAAAUACAUACAUAGAUGGUGUUUCUCCACAGAUCCUUUAAAGCAGUGGCUUGACAUUUUGAGAGGUAUGCUUGUUCAGUUUCUGGCAAACAGUUUGCAGAGUAGAUGGAUCCCAUUUUCAUAUCUGUCAGUUAGCUUAGCUAAGCUUAGCACUAAGAUUAGAGACAGAAGGAGACAGCGAGCCUGGCUCUAUACAAUGGUACCAAAAUCCACCUACCCAUACCUCUAAAGCUCACUAAUUAACAUGUUACAUGUUGUUUGUUUAAUCCACACAGGUAAACAGAUUUUGUUAAUGUUGUAUGAUCUAAGUGAUUCCCCCUGUUAAGUUAUUGGGGCGUGGCAAAGGGGACCUGUCUCCUGUACCCAAAAUAUUAAACUGUCACUUUAAAUCUGUUCCUUUUAAUGCCUCUGCAAAAAGAAAACUGAUACUCAUAUAUCAGCUGGAAGACUCAUUGUUUAGUGCAGUUGUAUUUUAACAUAGGCCAUAAGUUCUCCUAAGGGUUGCAUAUUCUGGUAUAUUCAUUUUACCAGGUGCCAACUUUAAAAGAGCUUUGACCUUUGAGGUAUCCAUAAAAGACUCCACUCUGGCCUGUACAGAGGACACUCACAAACCACUGCACUCUCCAACAGAUUGAUGUUUGCAACAGUCCCAUGAAAACUUGCAUAUUAAUUUAUCGUUACUCAACAUGUAAAUCAGGCUUGAUUCAUACAUGGUUAUGACAUUGUCUGAGCUUCAGUCUUGCUCAUCAGCGGAGACAUUGCCACAGGCUCCUCACAGAGACUGUAAUCUUAGCCCCGCUCACCUCCAGAGACUGCAAUCAGUAACACGCUGUGGCAUCAUUAACAAGUGACUGUGUAAAGAUUUGCUGUCAGUAUCGUUCGACUAGAACUUGUGAUACAGUAUCUUAAGGAAUCUCAUAUUAACUUCUUGGUUGUGUAGCCAUGCAGUGCAAUGACAUUCCUGGCAACUACUGGCUACUGCAUAUGCACAAAUACUAAUAUGUGAGGCCAGACUGGACUGUGGAAGUGGAGGUUAAAAUGGAUAAUGUUGAGCAACGGCAGUUUCCAUCACAUUUAGUUACUAAACCUUGGUCUUUUGAGUUAAUAUAUGAGCUAAAGCAGCAAUAGCAACUUCAUGAGUAGCCUGCCUUUUCCAACUCCUUGUACCACACUGUCUUUAACAAAUCCAAAUGUAGUUUCUGUAAAUAUCUACACCUGAAAAAUAAAAACUCAAAAAUACAACAUAAUCACCGCAAAACAGUAGAAACUCUACAGGCUUCAGAUUUAAAUAAAACUCUGAUCAUUUUGGUGGUCCCAUCACUGUAGCACUUUAAUGCACUAAUAUAUCUGUAAAUCAUUUGUUUAAAAUAUGAUUGAAUUUAAAACUGCUACUUUAUAAUAUAAUAAUAAUUGGUGGUUCAAUUCUUGAAUCUUUGGAUUUCUUCAAAUACAUAUUUACAAAAACCUAGAAAGAAAAUAAGAGUUCAGACGCAGAUAACACAUUUCAUGGGGUAAUAAUGUAGUUUGGUGAGUCCACAAUACCUAAUCACACUUCUAAAGUGUGAUGUAAUUUUUAUUGAUUAAAAAAAAAGCUUAUUAUUUAUUAUUCACAUCUGUCCUGAUGACAUCAGGACAAUGACAAAAGAAGACAAUGCAGUAAUAUAUUGCCUACUCACUUUUAGCGUAUUACAUAUUUACAUGUAUACAUGUAAAUUUUACAUCAGAUAUUUACAGUCAAUCACUUACACUUAAAGUUAAUCCUUGAGAAAAUGAUUUAAGGUCAGUAAGAAAGAAGACAUAUGUCACAGUGCAAUGUGUAAAUCAAGACAAGAAUAGGUUCAAAAAUCAAAAGCUAUCAGUGGAAAAACAUCUGUUCCUCAUUGCUUGUGUGGUCUCUUAGUGAGGGAUUUGAAAUGUGUCGUCUUGUCCCAGUUGAGCAUCUCAGACAGCAGGUUAAAAGAUGAUCUUUGUAACAAGACCUUUGUUCAUCCUGCCAGUCCCAGUCUCUUUUGAUAUUGCUUCUGCUUUCUGUGAGUUUACUCAGCAAUGCAGCACUGAGACAUCUCUUUGUCUACACAAGGUAGAGGUGGUAGUUUUACAAAAAUAACAAGGUUUAUGAGAGGAUGUGCAACUGUGCAGAAAUUGAACACUUUUCUAUCCAGGAAUUAAGUGUGUUCAGCCAC